CACUGGGCGCAUACACACAUCCACAUACACUCACACGCAGGGCUCACCAUAUUAUCGACAGAUCCGAGUCAGGAGUACAGUCGAGGAGAGCACACUGAAGUGACUAAAAGCUUCUUCUGUGAGAGGAAACGAGAGAAAAAACGCAGAAAAAAAGAAACAGAGGAAAUCCCCCGAAAGGAAAUGCCAAUCGCAGCCGCUGGACAGCCAACGACUCAGGAGCCUAGAGUUUGCCCCCGACUGCCCUCCACCCCGGAGCCUGUCCCUAAAGGGGCUGAUUUAUUCGACGAGGCGGGGGCGGCGGAGUCGGCGGAGCGAACAGAGUACGGGGGCGUGGAGGGGGGCAGAGGACUCGGGGGCUAUAGUUACAGCCAGAGCGGCGCUAGGGGCUUUGUACAGCCCGGAUCCAUCAACGGCUCUCCGCCGCAGUCCCCAGCCGCGUCCUCCUCUUUUCUAUUCCAUCCCCUUCACCCCCACCAAAUGGCCAUGGAGCCCCCAAGGACUCGAUCGCGUUCUCGGUCUGGAUAUUACCAGCAGUAUGGUGGUGGGAAUGGCAACGGAAUUACCAGCAGCGGAGUCAUGGGAUCUAACCAUCACCACCACCACCACCACCAUCAGCAACAGCAGCUACAUCCACAGCAGCAGCACGGUGCCGCUUGCGCACCACUUGGAGCUCACAGCAACCACUCGGAGAACCAGCUGCGAGCCCCGGGAAGUAACGCCUCUCCCGGCAUUCAGAGACUUUCUUCGCUUCCCGGAGCGCACCGCAUCCCGGCGGCAGGAGCUUCUGGUGGAUCCUACCACUGCCACCCAGACCUUGCGUAUGGAGAGGAGAGUGAUAAGAGUGAGGAAAGCCCCAGUCCAAAGCGCCAGAGGCUGUCCAGUCAGUCUGUCUUGGAACAGCUAACCUCAUCCGCUCCCCCACCAUCCACCCCAUCUCCCCCCAUCCGGCCGUGGGAGUCAGCACCCCCAAGUCGGAGACAACCUCACCCCCACGCACACUACCAUCAGGAGAGGUGCCUCACUCCUGCUAGAAACAGACGCAGUCCACCAGCAAGGCGUCAGCGCGGCCGUCUCUCCAGACCUGCUCGUCACGUGCCUCCCCAUCACCACCCCUCCACGCAAGGCCCCACACCUCGCCUGUCACCAUCAGAGCUCCAGGAUGAAAACUACCACCGCAACCCCCAUCCUUCCACACACCAGACAUACCCAACACACACACCCAGCGCCUAUGGCCAGCCUCCCACAGCUGGAGGUGGGGGGACAGGUUUGGAGGAGCCCCGAGCUUUCCACCCCCCCACCUUGUCACCACGACUACUGCACCCGGCUGCUCACCACCACCACCAUCACCAUAGCCAUCAGCAGCAGCAUCAUGCGACGCAGCAGCAACAAGGAGCCAUGGUCAUGGACUUGCAUGAACAGCUGCAGCAGGCCAGUGUACCAGUCUCCUACACAGUGACCCCAGUCCCUCCACACGGUCUCGCAGCACCUUUGUGUAGUGGCCAGCACCUUCCCCCUACCUGUUCCUCACAACAACAAGUACCCGCCUGCAGCGUGGUCUUCAGCACUGGACAACACUACCACCCGAUGCUACAGGCAUGUUCAAUGCAACAUUUGCCAGUGCCCUAUGCCUUUCCCUCGCUGCUGUCCAGUGACCCUCAGUUCCUGCUUCCCCAUCCACCCCACCUCUCUCACCACCCGCCCCACCUUCCCACGCCAGGACAGUUCCUGCCUUUCCAGACGCAACAGCCACGAUCGCCCUUACAGAGGAUCGAAAAUGAGGUUGAGCUUCUGGGAGAGCAGCUGUCUGUAGGUGGAGGCUUCAGCUAUGCCCACCAUCACCACCACCAUCACCACCAGCCUCCCUCCACUCUGCCGCCCUCCACACCACUCCAGUUCCUCUCACACCACGACCCACUGUCGCAGGAGCUCUUUACAGUGCCCUAUCCCCACUUUAUGCCUCGCCGAUUCACAAGCCGACGUUACCGCUCUCAGCAGGCUGUACCCCCAUCACCCUACCACCCCAGCUUCCUGCCUUACUUCCUGUCCAUGCUUCCUGUGCCCCCAAAUGUGGCCCCCACUAUCAGUCUAGAGCUGGAUGUGGACGAUGGAGAGGUGGAGAACUAUGAGGCCCUGUUAAACCUUGCAGAACGCCUGGGAGAGGCCAAGCCCCGUGGUCUAACUAAAGCCGAUAUAGAACAGCUUCCAUCAUACAGAUUCAACCCCAACAACCAUCAGUCUGAACAAACACUGUGUGUGGUGUGUAUGUGUGACUUCGAGUCUCGCCAGCUCCUGAGGGUCUUGCCCUGUAAUCACGAGUUCCACGCCAAGUGUGUAGACAAGUGGCUCAAGGCUAACCGUACCUGUCCUAUCUGUCGAGCGGAUGCCUCUGAGGUCCAGCGAGAUUCUGAGUGACCUCAAUUCAACACCCAACACCCCCAAUCCCUUUCGGAUGCACCGACCGAACAGUGAACUCCUCUCCUUCUAUCAUACGCCUCCGCUCACACAUUCAGCCACAUAACUGGGACCAGUGCUCCUUAUUCCUUCACUCUUUAAUCCCCCAGGACACUGAACAUACUUCUCACCUGGGAUCAGCAACGUUCUACUGACUCAUGUUCACUUUACCGCUGGACUUCCUAGGCCUUCUGUUUUGUACUAUUACGCCCCUACUACUCUGCCUUCUGCUCAUGGUUACUCCUUACUAUGAAUGGCCUUUGAAACACAUACACACAGUGUCAUGUGCAGGUGGAUAUAUAUAAGUGUAUUUUUUUAAACUCAUGAGCCGUUCCAAACUGAUGCGACCUGUUCAGUCGUCCAGGUGAUGGACAGAGAAAAAGACUUCUGUAUAGUUGUACUAACAAAUAUUUAGGGAGAAUUGGCAGUCCAAAGAUUAUGAUAAUGUCAUUGUUAUUAUUCUGGUUAUAGUUAAGCAUCCACGUGUUGGCCUGCAGAGACAUUUUUACUUGACUCAUUAUAACUGCAGUUGAGCAGUGUCAGUCCAUCUUAAUUUCUGUGUGUAUUCUUGCAUUCCUCAGCGUGAGAGCAGUCUGUAUGAGGUGCAACAAAGAUACUGUACACUGUGUGACAAAGAGUGAGCUGCUUUGAAACAGUGAAAAAUAUACUUUAUUUUCUCUACACGUGUGUCCGUGUGCAAGUGUGUGUGCGUAUGUCCUUGUGCUUGUUUGAGUGCAGAGGUGUGUGUCUUCCUCCUCCCGUGGUAUUUAUACAGGUCAUGUGGUACAGUGCAUUGACUUCCUUAAUCCGUGUUUGUUUCAUUCCACUUCACAUAGAUUUAGACUCACUGGAGGUUGAGGGUAUCUUCAGAACUUUUAUAGCCAAGAUUUGUUCAAAAAUCAAAAGUUUAAAAUCAAAGUGUUGGACCAGUAACACCUCGAGGGAAGUUAACAAUGCUUGUUAUGUCAUGAUCACGCUCUACAACUUUGACUCCGUCACUCCGUGUCUACCCUUCUGCAUUGUUCUCGUCUGAAACUAGUAAUGGCUGGAGGCUUUUGGAAUACAUUUUUUGUGAUGCAGUGUGUAAAGCAAAACAGAUCAGGACUAUUUAUGUUUCUCAACAUAUCUGCUAAGCUCUCCUCCGAGGCUCAUGGUGAAUACAGUUAGGUCUUACAGAGCUCACAAGGUGGAUGCAAACAUCCAUUACAAUUGUCACCAAUACAUUCAUACAUGCUCAAUGUACUAACUUUCUUUUGAAAACGUGUCUUGAUCUGUUUUGCUACCCAAGCAGCUCUCUGUAGCUGCUGGCAGGUAUAGAUGCUUCAGUUUGUCCAUUAUUGACAAGGAACAAGUUUGAGGAGACUUAAAAGGUCACAGCUAAAUCUACUGUUUCACCAGACAGUGGAUUUGACACUUGAGCACUUUAAUACGUAGACUUUUAGACCUACACGCUCUUUUCAUUCUGAACAAACCACUGAUCCAUUUCCCACAGUCCAUGUGUGUAUGAGAACAAACAUUUAAAUGCAUUAAAAAUAUAUAUGUUCUCCACCUCAACUUCCAGUACCUACAGUAUGUCUCCCAAUGUGCCGAUUCCUUUAUAUUCUUCUCACUGCACAUCUGUUUAUUUCUAGAGGUUUUGGGGCUCUGUUUCAUGGUAAUACUUUAUCUCUGUAAGGCCUAUGUCAGUAUGUGAUAAUGUAACUCAGAGAUGUUCACCUCAUGCACAGAGUAGACUUUCUUAUGUAAUUUAUCACUAUUUAUCACAGUUGGUGUUUUGUGUCAAGAGUACAACCUAACAUAGGCCUUAUAGAGAUUGCUGAGACGAAAGUUCUGCCGGGCACCUGCAGUGUCUUACAUCUGAGAUGCCUUCUAUAAACCUUCAUUUUCUCCAUGGAAGUACAACCAGUCUCUAACCAGUGGCACCACAUCAGACCAAUACAUUUGUUCAAACCUGAGUUUUGCAAAACCAACCGUGUAUCAGCGUCCAGAAGAUUAUCUCAUCAUUUUGUAAAACCCUUCUUUAGCGUUGUCAGUGUGUAAAGUCAUGUUAUAUCCAUGGGAAUGGAGGAAAUUAUGUUUUCUGUCAUCUUUUUUCCUUUGGGGUGAAAGGUCAUAUUUGUGACUAUGCAUCCAUUUUUUGUCUUAGGAUUGUUUUAUGUUGGGCAGUUUUUUUUGUUGUUGUUGCUUGGUACACUAGCAAUUACCUCAGUCCCAUUAUUUAUGUCUUUUCAGAAAAUGGCGCAACCAGUAUGAUUAGUGCUUAUCAAUUUAUUUUGCUAAUCUUUUCCAUGCAAGUUGUUGGGUUGUUUGAAUACUUUUCCUUUAAACUCUAUGAAACUCUGUCAUUAAAAUGGUGUCAUAGUAGUUUCAUUAUGUACUAUAUCUGUAACCAAAAUCAUUUGAAGGCCUGUUAUGAUGAUAAUGAAAUUUUUAACAAACAUUUGUACAUUUUGUAUGAGAGUUAUUACUAGUAAUACUUUAUUAAGUAGUGCAAUGAUUUUUUUAAUCCCUUACCCCGUCUUUUGGAUUUCAAAAGCUGGUUCAAUAAUAAAUGUAUAACAUCCUCUU